UCCUUACUUUCUAUCGACUCUUCCCCUCACAAAACCCUAAACCUCCAAACUCCAAAAAUAUCCUCUUUGAAGUAGGGUUUUUGUAACUUCUUUUGCUGAUAUUCAGCCGCUGUUUCUUAUAUCUCUCUUUUAAUCCCAUAAAAAUCAUAAGUCAGUUUUGAAAAUCUCUUUAACUCUUCUUAAACUAUGGGAAAAUCAAGCAAGAAAUCAACCCCCAAAGUUGAAGCAGCUCCUGCUGUAGCUCCUCCUAAGUCUGGAAAGAAAGGUAAGAGAGAUGCUGAAGAAACUCCUGAAAAACAAGUGGCUGCAAAGAAGCAGAAGAAAAACGAUGGAGUGGCACAGGCUAUUGUGAAGAAAGAGGUUGAAGCUAAGACUCAGAAGAAGAAGGAGGAAACUAGUAAUUCUUCCGAUGACUCUUCAGAAUCCGAAGAUGAACCUGCACCAGUGAAGAAACAGGCUGCUGUCGUGAAGAAUGGUUCUGUACCUGCAAAGAAAGCAAAACAAGCUAGUAGUUCUGAUUCUUCUGACUCGAGUAGCGAGGAAGGUUCAUCCUCUGAUGAAGAAGCUCCUGCCAAGAAUACAAAGCCUGCAGUUGCUAAAAAGGCUGCUGUUCCAGCUGCUAAGACAGUGAAAGCUGAUAGCAGUUCGGAUUCUUCUUCUGACGAUGAUUCUGAUGAGGAUGAUGAGCCUGCUGCAAAAAAAGAAGUAGCAGCUGCUAAAAAUGGUGCUGCACCUGUUAAGAAAGGAGAGAUUUCGGAUUCUUCAGAUGAAGAAAGCAGCUCGGAUGAAGAUGAUGAAAAAUCAAAGCCUGCUCCUAAGAAAGCACCAACUGCUGUUAAUAAAAAGGAGUCUAGUGAUAGUUCAGAAAGUGACAGCUCUUCGGAUGAAGAUGUUAAACCUCCUCCAAAGAACAUACCUUCAGCAACUGCAAAGCCUAAAACUGAAUCUAGCGAUAGCAGCUCUGAGGAGGAAUCUGAUGAAGAGGAUGUAAAGAAAGCACCUGCUGUGAAGAAAGCUUCUGCUCCUCCCCCCAAGAAGGUUGAGGAUUCCAGCAGUGACUCCUCUGAUGACAGUGAGUCUGAGGAUGAAGAGGCUCCUAAGAAAGAGGCUAAAGUUGCUAAAAAAGCAAGCAGUAGUGAAGAGGAAGAAUCUGAGGGAUCAGAUGAUGACGAAGAAAGUGACGAAGAAGAAGCUCCAAAGAAAAAAGACACAGAUGUGGAAAUGGUCGAUGCUACAACACCUGCCAAGCAGGACUUGAAGUCUGCAAAGAAAGCUCCCCAAACACCUGUAACUCCUCAAACCCAAUCCACAGGAUCGAAGACACUGUUUGUUGGAAACUUAUCCUUUCAAAUUGAAGAUGCUGAUGUAAGGAAUUUCUUUAAAGAUGCUGGUGAAGUCGUCGAAGUUCGUUUUUCCUCUGAUGCUGAGGGGAACUUUAAGGGCUAUGGACAUGUUGAAUUUGCCACUGCAGAGGCUGCACAGAAAGCCCUGGAGUUGAAUGGGGAAUAUUUGAUGAACCGUGCUGUUAGACUUGAUUUGGCUCGUGAAAGGGGUGCAUAUACACCAUACAGUGGCAAUGGGAACAAUUCAUUCCAGAAAGGUGGAAAAGGUCAAUCUCGAACAAUAUUCGUCAAAGGACUUGAUGCAUCACUCGAUGAGGAUACGAUCAGGAAUUCCUUGCAAGAACACUUUGGUUCUUGUGGAGAGAUUUCUAGGGUGGCUAUACCAACAGAUCGGGAUUCCGGUGCUGUGAAAGGUUUUGCUUACUUGGAUUUCAAAGAUGAGGGUAGUUUGAACAAAGCUCUAGAACUUGAUGGAUCAAAACUUAAUAAUCAAUCCUUGUCCGUGGAUGAGGCAAAGCCUAAAGGCGAUUUUGGCAGUGGAAGAGGUGGUGGUAGGAGUGGUGGAUGGAGUGGAGGAAGGGAUGGCAGUGGCCGUGGAGGUCGCGGUGGUCGGGGAGGAAGGGAUGGUGGUGGCCGCGGUGGUAGGCGUGGUGGUGGUGGUCGGUUUGGCGGUGGCAGAGGUGGACGUGGAACACCUUAUAAUAAGCCAAACCUUGCUGCUGCUGGCACAGGAAGGAAGACUACUUUUAAUGAUGAGGAUUAAUGAAGUGGGAGGUUCCAAUUAGCUCUGCUUAAUUGUUUUUGGUCAUGUACCAAAAAGAAUUGGUUUUGGUUUAGAUUAAGAUCUUUAUUAACUAGUAUGUUGAAUCUCACAGUUUUAUUAUUAUAUGCCUUGUACUAGAAUUUUCCCAUUUGUCUAGUGUCUAUCUGGAAUACACUGUUUUCAAACCAUUUAUAUAUUUUGCAAUAUUUAUAAUAUUCAAUUUUGUUUUAUUGUCU